GUUUUAAAAUUAUUAACAUCAAAAUCUUGAAUAAUGAUCAAGUCUAACCCACUCUCACAAGCUAACCAGAGAAGGAGAGCCAAAAAUAAGGUUAAGCCAAUAACUAGAGACCAUUGUAAAAAUAGUGUUGAGACUAUUGCCUUCAGCACAGGUCUUAAAAGAAAGAUUAAGUCUAGAGAAGAUACCAGCCCUAGCUCAAUAGUAUCUCUAAAUCUAGCAAAUAGAUGAGAUUCCGAAACUCUUUCCAAUAGGAAGAGAUGGAAAACUCUAAACGAAAGGGAGGUUCUCGAGUCAUACUUCGAGCUAGACCCUAACUGGAAGAGAAGCACAAUCCUCUACGUCAAGGAAAUGGUCAAUUUAUCUGAGAAACAAAUAUACAAAUGGGGGUACGAGAAGAGAAGGAGACUUAACCUCAGCAUCCCUCACGACACGUCCAUUAAUAUGAAGUACAUCACUCAAAUAGGAGAGCUUGCCAAACCCAUUGACUUCAGUGACCUAAACAAACUUGUGUCAGAGCUGUUUCCUGAAGAGACGAAUGAAGAGGAAAGUCUCUCUAAAGAAGCAAGAGUAGUAUAUGAUUACCUAAGAGAUCAGCUAAUUGAGAGAAGCGUUGAGUAUGAUAAGCAAUCCGAUUUGGAAAAACUGUUAAACGAAAGAAUCCCUAUCACAAACCUGGCAGUUGAAGCCAAGAAAAAUUUAAUGCACUGCCAGGCAAAUUCCUCAGAUAGAAAAAUGAAAGAGCACUGUUGGCUUUCUGAAAAUAAUUUGAAAUCUCAGAUUUCUAUUCUUGGAAGUACUCAAAUAACCUCAAUUCAAGAUCCUGAAGAAUGGUCAGAAAAGAGCUUAUUCGUACAGUACGAGAAGGACUGUUCAGUCGAUUAUGAUGUACGUUAUGACCAAAUAUCUCUCAAUCAGAUCGAUUCGGAAAAUAAUCAAAGUGUCGAAAAUUCUAUGAAAAAUAAGAGCCUAAGGGUACAAUCUACCAUUAUAGAUGAAAUAUCUUUAUGUAAAAAGUUUACAAAUCCAGGCUUAGAGACCAAUGAAUUCUUCUCUGACCCCACUUAUAUGCCCAAAGACACUUUCUCCUCUACUCCAAUAACCCUCUGUCUUAACCCUUUAUUGGAUGUAAACGACGCUCCUCUCCAUGAAUUCUGAGAGGAUUUCCAGCUUGAACCAUUGAACGGUUUAGCGAUCAAAUUUCCAUGGGACUAAAAUGUAACGAAACUGUAACUCCUUAAUUUUC